GGGGCGCGCUAAGAGAGACCAGCAGGUCGUCAUCCCUGGUGUGCACUGUGAUCUCUGGAAACUCUCUGCACUGUUCCCUCCGUUUGGUCUCCUGUGCCAAAAAAAGAAAAUGGCUAAUGUUGAAAAAUUUGCUUUUCACGUCCCAAGUCUCGAGGAACUUGUGGGAGUACUGCAGAAUGGAUUACAAGAAAAUUUUGCCGAAGUCCAGGUCUCAGUGGUUGACUGUCCUGAUCUAACUAAGGAACCCUUCACCUUUCCUGCUAAAGGAAUCUGCGGGAAGCCCAGAAUCGCAGAUGUUGGGGGUGUGCCUUAUCUCAUACCUCUUGUGAACCGAGAAAAGAUUUACAACCUGAAUGUCGUGGCCAAGGAGAUGGAGCUGCCCGGAGCUUUCAUUCUUGGAGCCGGAGCCGCCCCGUUUAGGACGCUUGGAGUAAAUGCCGAGUUUAUUCCUAUUGUCCAAGCUGAGAGCGAACAGAUGCGGGCGGUGAAUGGGAGCUACAUUGCUCAGAUUAACCCAGCAGACGGGGAGUGUCUCCUGGAGAAGUACAGUGCGAAAUAUGAGGAUUGUGACUUUGGGUUGCUGGCGAAUUUGUAUGCCAGUCAAGGUCAGCCUGGAAAGGUCAUCGAAGUGAAGGCCAGAGGAAGAACUGGAAAGCGUAACUUUGUGACCUGUAUGAGAGAAACUCUUGAGAAACAUUACGGCGAUAAACCUGUCGGGAUGGGAGGCACUUUUGUUAUUCAGAAGGGAAAGGCAAAGGUUCACGUCAUGCCUCCGGAAUUUUCUUCCUGUCCCCUGAACAGCGAUGAAGAUGUGAAUAAUUGGCUGAAGUUUUUCGAAGUGAAAGCUCCGUUGAUUUGUCAGCCGGUAUUUGUUUCCCGUGACCCAGGAUUUGAUCUGCGAGUGGAGCACACCCAUUGUUUCAGUCACCACGGAGAAGGCGGGCACUACCACUACGACACCACUCCAGACACGGCGCAGUAUCUCGGCUACUUCCUCCCUGCAGAGUUUCUCUAUCGGAUCGACAGGCCGAAGGAGACCCAUUUGGUCGGGCGAGACUAAUUCAGCGAGAGUAGUCAGGGGCCAGACUUCAUUAAAAACCCAAUCUCCCCUGAAACAGAACGCCCAGAAGCUGAACCCUGAUUCCUUUGGCAUCAUCAGGGGAAAGGGUGUAUUGAAACUUUUUUGGCCGAAGACCUGUCAGAUCGUAUCCUGUGUCAUUCAAUCGUAGGAGGGAAACCUUUUAGCUCCUAAUUGUUGAUGCCGUUAUAGUAAGCAGUCGGAAUUGAAUGCGUAGAGUUCUGUAAGUCGUUGGAGGGAAACCUUUUAGCUCCUAAUUGUUGAUGCCGUUAUAGUAAGCAGUCGGAAUAGAGUUCUGUAUUAGGUAUGUGGUGACAUAUCUACUGCCUGUGAGGUGCUAACUGCAUAAUCAGAUGUUUCUCAACGUCAAUGAUUGUGAAGAAUAUGAGGACCCAUUUAUAGGAAUAGCCUGAUUUCCUAUACUGCGCAAUAUAUUUCCCUGAUUUUCUUGUUCGAUCAAAAACGAUGGUGUAUUUUCUUAAAAAUCAUUAACAUUCUUUAGAGGAAUAGCCUGAUUCCCUUUUGCACAAUAUAUUUUCCUGAUUUUCUUGUUCGAUCAAAAACAAUGGUGUAUUUUCUUAAAAAUCAUUAACAUUCUUUAGAGGAAUAGCCUGAUUCCCUAUUGCACAGUAUAUUUUCCUGAUUUUCUUCUUUGAUCAGAAACAAUGCUGUGUUUUCUUAAAAAUCAUUAAAAGUUGAUUAUUCUCACGG